CAUGGCUGCACACAUUGGCUUGUUUGGGGACGACGUCUAAACGGUAAUGCCAUCAUAUGUGCUGAAAAUUCCUUGAGGUUCAGACGACAAGAACUCUGCUACUUUUUCGGCCUAAGGAUGGAAUAUUGUACUCAGAAGACGGUGUAUGACGUAUUCCAGGUGGUAUGAGUACUCGUGUUACCAUGAUCCAGAUUUUUGCUCGAUGAGAACUGGCUAGUUUUGAAUUCGGAGGGUUCGAAUGUGGCUGGAGGUCAUUGGCCAAAUGUUUCUCACUCAUCUGCAAAUGGGACUUCGUGCCUUUGUCUUACUAGCCUCCAAAAUAUGGGGGUUCAUGUGCUACGUACUCAAGAAACGGGGACGAGCGAUUGUGCAAUAUCAAACGGUGAAGUAUCAAGUGUAUCCACUGUCACCACUUUCAAAACAUCGCCUCAGCCUAGUACGUCGAAAGAUCAUGAUCCUGGAUCUGGAUGAGACUUUGAUCCACUCACAUCAUGAUGGAGUAAUCAGGCAGACAGUAAAGCCUGGGACCCCUCCAGACUUUGUCCUCAGAGUGGUUAUUGACAGGCAUCCUGUCCGGUUCUUUGUGCACAAGAGGCCACAUGUGGAUUUCUUCCUUGAUAUCGUGUCCCAGUGGUAUGAGUUGGUGGUUUUCACAGCCAGCAUGGAGAUCUAUGGUGCAGCAGUGGCUGAUAAGCUUGACAACAACCGUGGCAUCCUUAGUCGGCGAUAUUACCGCCAGCACUGUACAUUUGACUAUGGCAGUUACACAAAGGACUUGUCUGCCAUUUGCCAUGACCUGUCAAGUGUCUUCAUCCUGGAUAAUUCUCCAGGAGCUUAUAGGGCUUAUCCUGAUAAUGCCAUCCCAAUCAAGUCCUGGUUCUCAGAUGCAAGAGACACAGCCCUCCUGAGCCUAUUGCCAGUGUUGGAUGCAUUGCGCUUCACACAAGAUGUCCGUUCUGUACUGAGUAGAAAUCUACACUUGCAUAGGCUUUUCUGAAUGUGAGAGUCUCUUCCCUCAUGUGACUCAUGAACAUCCCUCCAGUCCUUGACCAAGCUGGGCUUCAUGAUACUUGACAGAUGUGGUGAUUGUGACUGUGCAUCAUCUAGGAACGUGGUCUUGCACCAAGGCUGCUCCUAAUGAGAUGGAUGUUUGAAUGGGAUGCUCAUUCUUUGGAAGUGAUAGUACAAGAAGGCACCCUACUAUGUGCCAAGGAAGGCACUCUCACUAGACAUUUCUCAGCCUUGCUGAUUUCCACCAGCAUGCUCAAGUGCUGCAUUUAUAGGAGUUUCUACCCUGUCCCACCUUGCUGGGGAGAAGACAUGGCCCAGGGCCAGACUAGAGCAAAGAAAAUUUAAGUAUUCCCUAUGAGGUGCUUUAUCAUUCAGGGCCCUUCUCCCAUCUCUUCCAUCC